GAUUCAAUUCUGACUGACUUAUACUAUCAUUGUCAUUGACUAUGACUCAGUAUGACUGUGAAUACUAUUACUAUGAUAAUUACAUCUACUUAUCUCACUCGGUGCUUCAGUAACAGGCCAGUGGACAUAUUUUGAAAUUGCAACAGGACCGGUGCUAGAUUUAUGAUUUAAUAAUUAUAAAUUAUAUUUAUUUAACCAUAAUUAUAAUAAAUAUUCAUUAUUUAUUAUUUUUAUUAAUCAUUUUGCCAACAUUAUUAUUGUGGCCAGUCCAUCAUAGUGACCAUAGACCACUAUUUUUGUGGAACACUGAUUUGACUGAUCCAACUAACACUACUUACCACAGAUAGAUAUCAGUAAUAUCACUCCACUAGACUUUUCUGUAAGUCUUCUGAGGCAAAUAACCCAAUAUAUUUUUUUAAACAGGUAAUGUAAAUGAAACCUUUAAGUACCAUACUCAUACUGCUACAAAAAUUUAACUAACUUUAUUAUAUGGCUUAAACUUAAAUGGCACUUCGUUUUGGAACUAUUUAAUUAAGUUGUUUUGCUACUUUUAGAUUGUGUUUCAUUUUAGAUCAACUGCUUAAAAUAUAUUCAUUUUGGAAUUUUAAAAUCUUUCUAUGUGCUUUUGUAGAAAAGUAGGGAUAAUUAAUGUCUUGAAAGUAAAAAGUUGUCAAGAUUUCUUACUCACUGUUCAAAUUCAAAGGAAUCAAAUAGGGGGGUUUCGUCUGCACCCCCAUUGCAGCAUUUUGUUAUAGUCUAAUAUUUAAUUUCAUUAUAUCAAAUAACUAUUUUUACUGAAUCUUGAAUUACAUUAUGGCUGAAGCAGUGCUAAAUUCUUUAUGUUAUUUCCUUUUCAUUUGCACAGGGUAUUUUAUCAAUUGAUUUUCAUACAGGAAAAAACAACAUUUUUCAAAUUGGUGCUUACAUUUUAAUUGUUCAUCACAAGUUUAGCUAGUUCUGUGCAGUGCAAACCAAAAGCAAAGACAAUGCCAAGUUUAGAUGGAAUUGAUCUUGUCAGUGGCACCAAAGUACUUUUGUUAUGGGCUGGUGAUCAGAUGUCUCCUCAAAUGCAAGAAUUGGCAUCCACCAUAUCACAACAAAUACACAAAGGUGAUGAGGGUAAAAUACAGCUGGAACACAUUGAUAGACUAUUAUUAUGUAAGUAUGUUAAAGCGGUGCUAAAAUAAUAUGGUUGAUUUGCAUGUGCUUGGAGGUGAUAGAUCUAUAGUCAGUAGUUUUUAUGGUGACUGACAGCGAAUCCGGAACUGAAAAAUAUUUAGCCUCACGAAUCCGGAAUUCCGGGAUGGCCCGGAAAAGUGGCACCCCUGGUGACUGUUAAGUCAAUUUUAAAAAACCAAAAAAAAUGCCCUCUUGGGUCGCUUGUCCACAUGACAAAAUUUAAACCAGUGAUUAAUCAUAGUGCUUUAUAAAAAUAAAGUUCUAUCAUCACUUUAAGUCAUAUUUUUUGGCUACUUAUUUUGUGUGUGCUAUAUAUGCAUUUGGUUAUUUAUAGGUACAAACAUAUAUAUAUAUAUAUUUGUUUGUUUGAGAAGCUUUUGUGAGGGGAAUAAAAUCAGUUUAUUUCCAGUAUAACUGUCUCAAUUUUUUCCAUUUUAUUUACACCAGCUUCCCACCCGUCAUCAACGUAUGAUGUUGUGAUUUCGGGGCUUGUCAACCCAGUACACACAUGCCACACCACUGAGGCUCUAGGAGAACUGUGCAGGAUCCUCAAACCUCAAGGAAAACUCUUCAUGCAAGAGUUGGCAUUUGCCAAUAAUGUUGAAAACAGCAGUGUCAAAUCUAAAGAUAAGCUUGUCUCUAUUUUAAAAGUGACAGGUUUUGUCAAUGUCUCUCAGGUAAUUAACAAAGUAAAUGCUAUUUGAUAUAUUUGUGACUGUUCAUAAUUUCAUGCCUCUCUAUGCGAAAUUGUUUUAAUUUGAUAACAAUUCAAAAUAUUGUUAUUAUUACCAAUAAUUUUAAAAUAACAUAUGAAAUUGAAAUUCAUUAUUUGCAGCCUGUUGAAAUUCCUUUAGAGGAUGAUGAAAAGUUAGAGCUGAAACAGAAGCCAGAGUUCAAUAAUGAAGCAGUUCUGUACAGAGUUGUGGCACAGAAGCCGGGUUAUGAAAUAGGGUCAUCAUCCCAGUUGAAAUUAUCUUUUAAGCCCAGCCAACCUGGUAUGUAAAUUGUCAGAACAUAUAGAGUUAUAUAAUAAGCUUUUAAUUUUUUUAAAAAGGGCAUAACUUUUUUUGUAAAUAAAUAAUUAAAUAAUUUUUCUGUUGAAUUAAAACAUUUUUUUUUUUUACUUUAUCCUAUCCCAUGGUAUCUGAAAUCUAAGGUCAUGAUGUCCCCAUACAUUGCUUGGUGAUUUCAAACUAGACAAAUCUGUCAAUUUUUUAUGUCUUUAAUAAGAUAAUUUAUUAUUUUGAUAAGCUUUUUUAAAGUAAAAUAUUUUAAAAUAAAAUUUGUAUACUGACAUAAAAGCUGUUGUAGUGUACAGGUUAAGGUUUUCCAUUACCCAAAACCUGAGUUAUUCUUAUAAAGCUAGCAUUAGUUUUGUAUGCUUUGUUUUAUGUCACAGUAUUCUCAAUUUACACGAUACAAUGGAACCUUGGAUAAUGAACACCCUAUUUAACAAACAAAUCGUUUAAGGAUAAAGUUUUGUGGAAAAUUUUGGCCUUGUUUAACAAUUGACAGUUAGGUUACGAACAUAGGCAUACGCCUGUACACGUAAUCCCACCAGCUCAGUAGUGCUAUCCCUGUUUGCAGUAAACUUUGUAAUUUUUGUUGAUUUAGCCUUAAGUGGAACCUAAAAAAAAGUGUUACUAAAUCGAACUGUGUUGGUAUGAAAGUAAAGAAAACAUGAUAAUUUCCUUCAUGUUUCGGAUAUCUCCAAGCAGUACAGUAAAAAACAAAUAGGAAGUAAAGGUAGCUGAUGUGACAAAAGGAGUUGACUGUGUUAAUGAAGCAAAGUCUAAAGUGCUAGAGAAAGUAGAAAAACUGCUAUUUGGAGAAAUAAAAUUCAGCUGGUUGGAGAAGUGUUAGCAUGAAAAUAAAUUGUGGAAAGGUACUAGGAAGUUGCAAGGUGAUUCAUUGGCCAAAGCACUGAGUAAACUAUCCAAGCUGGAGAUGUUUAAGCAAGUUGAGGGUGGUUUGAUCAUUAAAAUGCAUAAAUGCCAUAUAUUUCUAAGGUUAGAAAAAAAUUAAUUGAAUUUACAUUGAUUUCAAUGUGACAUUAUUUCGGUUAGCAAACGUUUCUGGUUAAGAUCAGAGUCGAGUAACCGAUUAAGUUCAUUACCCAAGGUUUGACUGUAUUUUAAAAAAUUCUUAGCUUCUCACUUCCAGCCAUAACCUAUUAAAUAUCUAAUAAUGCUCUAUAAUCCCCGUGAUGUUUUUUUAAGUGAAUUCAGUAAUGUCAAAGACAUUUAAUAUCAAAUUAUGCUCUAAAUAAUAAAAUAAGCUGAUUGUUUUUGUAAAAUUGGCAAUAAAAUGCACUCUUUCAUUUUCAAAUAAUUAGAAACACUAAAUUGUGAGAUUAUCCUGUGUCUUCAUUUGUUUUAGUCAAAGUGGAUGAGAAUGUGACAAAAGUUUGGAGUCUGAAUACAACUGAUUUACUGGAUGAUGAAGUGGACCUCGUCAAUGAAGAUGACUUACUUGACGAAAAGGAUUUGAAAAAACCAGACCCUGCUUCCCUUAAAUGUAAUUCUUGACAAAAAAAUUAUUUUUUUUUAAGUUCCUAUUUCAUAAAGCGGAAUGAUUUUUUUUACAUCUCUCUUAUAAAUCAAAUAGUAUUUUAAAAGCUGUUAUUUUAUUCAUUUUCAACUUACUUUUAAAUAGUUUUAUGUCUGCCAAAAGUUCAAACAAAAAAUUAUUUUAUAUUUCAAAUCCUAAAUUCUUAUGUUUAUUUUUGCCCUUAGUUGACUGUGGAGUUGGUCCAGGAAAGAAAAAGGCAUGCAAAAACUGUUCAUGUGGAUUGGCUGAAGAACUUGAAAAGGGAAAACAGACUGAAGUACCAUUGAAAACAUCUGCAUGUGGAAAUGUAAGUUAUAAAUAAGUGGUAAUCCACAAAUGACAUCAUCGCACAUCUAGGGGGAGAGAGUCCACAAAUUUGUGACUAUUUGGGAGGGGUAAAAAAUCUGCCAAAAUAGCGUCUUGUCAUUUAUGGAUGGCCCCCAAGUCAUAUCAAAAUCAUUAUAGUGAUGUGCAAAAGUUAACUUAUAAAGUUGACUCAAAAAGGGUUACUGAUGUGAUAUAAUUACAUUUUUAUAUACAGCUUUUGUCCAGUAAAAACCUUAUUUAAAAAAUAAUUUUAACCAUAGAACUGUCAUUAUGGCUUAUGAUCAGCUUUUAUACAUUUUUUGUGGUGUCAGGGCUGAUAUACUCGGCCCCUAGUAAAAUCGCCAUUAGAUAUAAUGUAAAUAAUUAAAUCUACACUCGUUAAGGGUAAAUUACGCUAUAGAAAUGAUUUUGCACCCCAUUUCCUUUUCUCUCUGUGUGUUAAUGUGCUUUUAUCAGGGAUGUUGUGUGAUUAGUUUGUAGUAACUUGCUAAAAAAUAUUUAUUUAUAAAUUUAUAUAUAAAAAAUAUAAAAUGCCAUUAUGUCUGAUGCUGGAGAGGGUACCCCUUUAGAUUGCAAAAUCAACACAGAAUUUCUUUAUUGGAUUAUUUCAAUGGAUUAAAAUAAAAACAAUGAUGUCAGAGAUAUUCCAUGUUCUAGUAAUGACAGUAUUAGUUUUGCCUGUGAUGGCCACAUAAGAGUCAGAUAUUGACAAGCUUAGCUGUAUCUUAACAUACAAAGUUGUUUGGGAAAGGGUGGAGAUUGAACAUAAAAGACAAAGAUUUGAUCCUAAACAUUUACCCUAAAGAGAUUAUUAAUUAAUUAAAAAAAUGGAUUGAAUAGAUUUAUUGAAAAGCAUUUUUUAAACUCAUUUCAUGUUUCCCACUUGUAUUUUUUGUAGGACAGAAAUGUGAAGGUAGUGAAUUAGUGAAUGAAAAAUUUCAACAAAAUUACAUUUUUCAAACUAAGUACCUAUAACUUGGCAUAUUCUGAAAGGAUAUUUCUUUUAAUAUCUAAACAAAACAACUGAUAUAAUGAUAGAUAUAACAAAAUAGUAAGAUUGGAGUGGAUUGAAAUCAGCAGUUGAGUAGUAAAAUUUCACUCACUCUGUAAAGGUCAAGGUCAAUAUUAACAUUACAUAAUAUAAAAACAAAUUCUUUUCAUACCAUAAGAUACCUUGUUUAAUGUACUUUCAGAAAAUGUUUACAUGCUAGGGUCUCUGAAAUCCUAUAUUAUGGGAUUUUGUCAUUAUCGACAAACAAGAAAGUGCUAAAAAUGGCUUGGCACUACAGAAAAAUGCACUUUUAAUUUGUAAAAGUUAUUAAAAAUUAUAACCAAAACAGAAAUUAUUUUUAAGUUAAACAACCACUAAAAACAAAGGUGUUUGUAUAAAUCCUCUAUAAAAUGUAAUAUCAAACAAUGGGCGGUGGGGCAGAAAAAUUUGACAAAACAUGCAUGCAAGUAACACACUUUAUAAGAAUCCCAAUUAUUGCUCCUCCCCUUCCCAAGGCUCGCAACCACACCUUUUUUCACGCCCUGAACUAUAUAAAUAUUCUAAUUACCAACACGCUUUUAUACAGCAGAUUAAUUUCACCAACUAUAUCAGAAAAAAAAAAAAAAGAAAAUAUUACACACCAAACGCACUUGCGAUUUUUUUAAAAUUACCUCAUAUAACGCAGUUAUAGGGAAUUCCAUUUGGAUUUUUGGGUGUAAAAUUUGAUCGAUUAUGUUGUCAUUGGCAAUGAGUCUUUGUGCAAAAUUUGAGCUGAUAGCUUGACAGGAAGUGGGACCAUUGGCCGCCUGAAGAUUUUGCUCGCCAGUCAGUCACAAACAAAAGCAAAGUUAAUAUAAAGGACUUUUAAAAAGUUAUGCUGAAAGUUUGGUAGUGGACUUACUUCUCCUCUUUUCUUUCCCUUUUUACUGCCCUCUUGGAUACUACUUCUCAGCUUAGUGCUAUUUAAAAAAUUUUAUUGUUUUUUCUGUUGAAUGUUCGCUGACGAAGGCUUCCUUCCGACAAGCUCGUUGUUUUAUUGCGUUCCUUUUUUCAGGUUUGACCUUACAAAACAACUUACCCAGACUUCAUAUAUUUGCUACAGACAUUUCCUUCAAAAUUACACCAUUGUCUCUUAGUUUCAGAUGAAUGCAAAAAAUAUUUAAACUAAUUUGAAAAAAUUUUAAUUCAAAAAUUUUAAUGCUUUUUUUUAAUUUCCAUUUUUUUCAGUGCUACCUUGGAGAUGCUUUCAGGUGCGCAAGUUGUCCUUAUCUUGGUAUGCCAGCUUUUAAACCAGGGGAGAAAAUUCAGUUGUCAAAUGGGCAACUCAAGGCAGAUAUAUAAUAUAAUUGACAUUUGAUUGAAGGCUUGAUAUUUGUGGAGUAUUUAUGAAAAAAUAAUUUUAUCUUAUCUUCUGAUACCAUAAAAUGUAUUUUUGAACCAAUGUGUUUGUGGUUAUAUUGGAAAAAUUGUAAUCGAGUUGCUUCAUUAAAAUCUGCCAAUUUUACCUUUUUUACUUUGGUAAAAAUGUAAUCUGACUCAUAAUGGGCUAAAUGAGGAAGUUCAUCCUCAAGCUAUAGAAUUUGUCAAAUUUAUAAUACUAUGAUUUUGGUUUAGAUUUCCAAAGAGGCACUAAAACAGAGUAGCGGUAAAUUAUUUUGUUAAUUAACAUUUUUAUCUUCUGUCUUUUGCUCCAAUUAUUAUUAUGACUAAUGUUUAGAGAAUAAAUUCUUAUCAAUUCAUGACUAUUUUCUUCAGUCAAUAUUGAAAAAAAAAAACUUUAAUUUGUUUAAAAUUAUUUCAGAAAUACUGAUUCUUAACACAAGCUACUAAUAUAUUUUAAAUUGUUUUGUUUUUUUUAAACAUACUGGAUAAUUAUUUCAUCCAACUCAAAAAUAAGUAUAAAGAGGAAAGAUGAGAUAUAGAUUAUGCUCUAAACAAAACAAACAGUAUGUGGACAAUUUUUUUAUUGCAUAUAAUACAGUUUGAUUUUUAGAAAAAGUAUUCAAAAAAGCUUUACCUACAAGUAAAAUUGGUUAUAAAAUUAAAACACAUUUUGUAAAAAAUUCAAUACAUUAUACAUCCAAAAUUGAUUACAUGUAUAAAUUCAUUUUGAUUUCCAAACUAGCAUCCAUAUAAAAACAAAAUUGCACCAAUUGGAUGUAAAAAUAUAGUACAGUUUGAUAUUUAGAAAAAGUAUUCAAAAAAGCUUUACCUACAAGUAAAAUUGGUUAUAAAAUUAAAACACAUUUUGUAAAAAAUUCAAUACAUUAUACAUCCAAAAUUGAAUACAUGUAUAAAUUCAUUUUGAUUUCCAAACUAGCAUCCAUAUAAAAACAAAAUUGCACCAAUUGGAUGUAAAAAUUUGGCAAAGCUAAUUUGGCUUUUUAAGAAGGUUAAGCUAGAAAAAUAUUUGUUAAUAAGAAUAUACUGGUAUAAGGAUUUACUAUUUUAACUCAGGGCUAUGAAAUGUGGACUUCAUUGCAUUGGUUAAAAUUUCACAGAAAUUAAAUGAAUAGGUGGCUGAAACAAAGUUGAAGAUAGAAAAUAAUAAUUAUUUUUUAAAAUAAAUAUGACUAGAGACAACAUCAAUACUGUAAUAAAAUUUAAACUUCCAUUUGAUUAAAGUUAAAGCACAGAGUGAACUGGCUGUUGAAAAUAACUAAAAUACACAAAGUGCCAUACAAUUUUAAAAUAAAUAUUUGGUAUACAUUAAAAAAUGAUUAGUAAUAAAUAAAUAGAGCUUACAUAACACAGAAUAAAGUAAAAUGUCUUUGCUGCAAAACUUUUACAACCCUU